GUUCCACUAAUCAACUUGAAAGAUGAGCACUUGUAUGGUUUUACACGUGCUUUUCUUGGGGCUCGUCAAUUUAGCAAAAACGUCGGCCACACCCGCAGUUAAAGUGAGCCCUGGUUUGGAGACACCUAAAGAUGUAGUUGUUGUAGGUGGGGGACUAGCAGGAAUGGCUGCAGCAAGAAAGCUCAGCAAUUCACCGGACAAAUUCUCUGUGAAAGUCCUGGAGGCACGCAAGGAGAGAUACGGUGGGCGUGUCUACACGAAAAGGGAAUACGGUGUCAGAGGCGUAGAUGGAGAUUUGGGGUCUAGUUUUCUGAACUCUGGUGUCCCCAAUAACCCUCUCUUGGAGCUUACAAAAACUCUGGAAAUUGCAGUGGAGUCCACUGGUUCUUUACAGCUCCAUGCUCCAGGCCUGAACAAAGUUUAUACUGCAGAGGAAACCAAACACAUAUUUUCUGAGUUAUUAACGGUGGUUCAAAUGGCAGUGGAGAAGGCCAAAAGAAAUGGAAAUGAUCGCCCACUACCUGAAGCAAUCAAGGAAGAGUUACCUCUCUUUAAGACUGAUGUUGACAAGACAGUUUUGGCAGGGCUGUUAUCUUCUCAUUAUGUCUUAUCAGACAAAGACUCGUCUACAUACAUGUUCAAUCCAAAGAAGGACUUUGGCUGGGACAAAGUGGUGGUGGAUGGCUUUGACCAAAUUAUUGAUGGCAUUGUCAGCGGCAUUGAUGCAGAGUUUCCAAUAGUUAUUGAACUACAGGCCAUCGUUCGACAAAUUACCUUUGACAAGAAAACAAAUAAGUACAAAAUUCGAACAUUUGACCGACAGCAACAUGAAGCAGACAUUGUGAUUGUGGCUGUUCCAUUGGGAAUUCUGCGGAAGGGAGAAAUUGUGUUUGGGGAGCCACAAAAGAAUAGUUCAAGUUCAGUAGCCAAUAUGCCUCAGAAAUGGCAUGACAUAGUUCGGAACAAAUUAGGAAUAUCUUACUCGAACAAAGUUUUGGUGGAGUUUGAUGAGGCAUUCUGGCCCACCGAUGUUGGGGUCUUCACGAGGCCAGCAGAGAGUGAAGAAGAGGCUGGGCUUCUGCAGACCUGGUUCAACCUCCACCAACUUGUCAACAAGCCCAUUCUGAUGGGCAGUAUUGUUGGACCUAUCGCAAAAACCUUUGAGAGCUGGAGUGAUGAUGAAGUGAAAGUCAAAGUGAAAGCAGUUUUGGAGAAAUUCUUUGGGACAAAAGUACAGGAUAGAACCAUUAAACAACUAAAGAGGUCUGCUUGGCAGGGAGAUGAGAAUACAAUGGGGGUCAACUCAUAUCCAAAAGUGGGGACAACUUCAGAAGACUUGGAGAUCUUGUCAGAGCCCAGAUGCCCAGGACUGUACUUUGCAGGGGAGUACACAAUCACAGAGCACAUGAACACAGCCCAUGGUGCCUACAUGUCCGGCAUCCGAGCGGCAGAACAGGUCAUGUCUGGCUACUGCAUACAGCAAGCUGAGAAAGAAAAGGAGGAAAAGAGGAAAAAGAAGAUGGAGAAGAAGAAGAGGGAUAAAGGAAAGAAGAAGGAGGAAGAGUCUGAAGAUGAUGAUGAGGAAGAUGAAGAUACAGGUAGUGAGGAGGAGGAAGAGGAAAUGGAGAUGCCAUCUAAACCAAAGAAAAGUAAGGAGCGGAUCAUAUUGUCUGAGGAACGGAGAAAGAAGGCACAGGAGAGGGAUGAACUAUGAGUGAAAGUUGGUAAAAUUCUGCUGUAUGAAUGAGGAGAUAUAGAUGGAAGUGUAAGUUCAUAUUCAGUGAUUCACAAUUGGGAAGAGUUUAUAACCUUAAGAAUUGUUAAAGUAUGUACAUGUAGCCUACAUGUAUACAUUAAUGUGAUUUCUUUUUAAGAGGUUGUAAUUGUGUGCCAUUGAUAACUUAUUAUCUUUUUUAUACACAAUGUAUUUUAAUUAGUAAAAUACAAUAGGAAAUCCAUUUGUAAAUUUUAAGACAAAUAUACUAAUGUAUGUGUUCAUUGUUAAUUUGACCCACUACAAAUCGAUUUUUACUAUAAAUUUUGAACAAGGCCACAUUCAAAUAGAUUCUUUGUUUGCCCACUCCUGAGUUUAGUAAGACUCAGACACCCAAGGGAUAGGAUAUAUGCCAUAGAUAAAUAAAAUCCUCAAAUAUAUAUGUUGAAAUCUUAAGAAGGAAUAAGCUGACUAGCCAUAAGUAUAAUAAACUCUGAUGCUUAUUGUUUGUACAUCAGUUUAUUCUGUAGGCAAACAUAUACAUGUAAAGGGACAUUUGAUUCAUCUCUGGCUUCUGGAUCAAUUACCAUUAAUUGUAUGUUUAGCUUUAACAAUAAGUGGUAUCAGGGAACAUAAAUUUUAGAUCUAUGUGUGACAGUAUCAAACAUAUUUCUAUAUGUAUUUAUUCGUUUUAUCUAUUUCAUUAUCCGUUUUUGUUAAACACAGUCUUAAAUUUUAAAUAACCGCCAGUUACACUGCGCAACUGGAUUGAGUUAGCUGAGUAAAGUCUUUCGUUUUUCAUUGGUUCUCUAAUUUGAUUGGUCUUUCUUAUUUUCAUCAUCCAAUAAAUUUAAUUCUCUGUUUGAUAUAAGUAACUGUUCAAACUAAGUAAAAUUAGGCAGUACUUCAUUUUCAACAUCGUCGAUCAAUCCAGCCUGUAAUGCAAUACAGUAUGUGAAAUCUUCAAUGAUUCCAAAAACAAACCCAGAUAUUGAUAAAUAUAUUUGAUGUCACCAUUAAUUGACUAUUAUUCAUUUGGUAAUCUCUACACUUUUCUUACCUUUUUUAUUUAUUUAUUUUUUUUGGGGGGGGGGGGGG